GCGUCGCGUGGACUCUCGUCCUCCACAAAGGAGCGUGUCCUCGUGCAGUGGCGCGCGCCACAUCGCUCUGCGCGUGCGGUGGACGAUGCUCCGAGCCGGGGUGCUUUUGACUCUUGUGGCGGCGUGCUGCUGCGUCCCACCGCGGUGCGAGCAGACAGAGGCGGCUUUAGGAACAUGCAAGGUAUCAGGCGCAGAGAAACCACAGUGCAUGGAGAUGGUGCUCAGCUACUGCCAGGAUGUGCCCUACAAGCAGACCAUGUUCCCCAACCUGGUGGGCCAGCAGUCGCGACCGGAGGCGGAGCUGAGCGCUGAGUACCUGUUACUGAGCGUGCUCCAUGGCCUGCUGAACGGCGAGUGCUCACCGGAGCUUCGCCUGCUGGGCUGCUCUGUGCUGGCGCCGCAAUGCCAGGUGGGCGUGCUCCGCAAGCCCUGUCGCAGCUCGUGUGAGGCGGUCCGCCGAAGUUGCGCGCACGCCUUCGAGGCCAUCGGCAUGGCCUGGCCCUACUUCCUGGACUGCGACCGCUUCUUCGUCAGCAACGAGGAGGGAUGCUACGACCCCCUGGCUGAGCUCAGAGCCAGACAAGAUGUAGCUUUCGCAAACAUCUCUGACGGUGGUCAGUCCACUGUUCUCCAAUUCACCUACCACUCAAACGCCCAGAUGUUCAGCAUCCUGAAGAAGACAGCGGCCAAAUGUCCGCAGAUCUCCCGGACCUACAGCAUCGGCCGCAGUGUGGAGGGCAAGGACCUGCUGGUUAUCGAGUUCUCCAAUAACCCUGGACAACACGACCUAUUGGAACCAGAGGUCAAAUUCAUCGGGAACAUGCACGGGAACGAGGUGCUGGGUCGCCAGCUGCUCGUCUACCUGGCUCAGUACCUGUGCUCAGAGUACCUGCUGGGCAACGAGCGUAUCCAGACCAUCAUCAACAGCACGCGUAUCCACCUGCUGCCCUCUAUGAACCCAGACGGAUACGAGAUCGCCGCCUCUGAGGUAGCCGAUAGCAACGACCCCGAAAACACCAACCAGGAAGGUCACCUGUAUAACGGCUGGACCAGUGGCAGAGCCAACGCACAGAACCUUGACCUGAACCGCAACUUCCCUGACCUCACAUCCGUCUACUACAACCGACGGCGUUUCAAACGUUUCCGCAGUGACCAUAUCCCCAUCCCGGACUCCUAUUGGAUGAGCAAGGUUGCUCCAGAGACAUACGCAGUGAUGAAAUGGAUCCGGUCCAUCCCCUUCGUGCUCUCUGCCAGCCUGCAUGGAGGGGAACUGGUCAUCUCCUACCCCUUUGACUUCUCCAGACACCCUCUCGAGGAGAAGAUGUUCUCCCCCACGCCGGACGAGCAGGUUUUUAAGCAGCUUGCCAGGACCUACGCAGAUGCUCAUGCCACCAUGUCCAGCAAUGACACACAGCGAUGUGGAGCUUCGUUUGCCAAUAACGGAGGCAUCGUCAACGGAGCUUUGUGGUACAGCUUUGCUGGAGGCAUGUCGGACUUCAACUACCUGCACAGUAACUGCCUGGAGUUGACGGUGGAGCUGGGCUGUGAUAAGUUCCCUGCUGAGGAGGAGCUGUACCCUGAAUGGCUCAGGAACAAGGAGGCCCUGCUCAGUUUCAUGGAGUCCGUCCACAGAGGUAUAAAGGGCACUGUGAAAGACACAGAUGGAAAUGGAAUCAAAGGAGCCAUUAUAUCUGUUAAAGGGAUACGACACGAUGUCACAACAGCCGACGACGGUGACUACUGGCGGCUGCUGAACUCGGGCGUGUACAUCGUAAGCGCUGUCGCCCCCGGCUACUCGAGGGUGGCAAAGCGCAUCCGACUGCCUGCCAGGAUGCAGAGGACGGGCCGAGUGGACUUCGUGCUGAAGAGGGUGCUGGUGGAACCGGAUCUCGACUACUUCAGCAUCCCAGAGCUGGAGAACUACGAGCGCUUCGACCCCUUUAACCAGUUUGGGCAGCAGGACGGGGCAGAGCCUGCGGAGCCCAAUGAGGACAGGAGCGAGAAGCCCUGGUGGUGGGCUUACUUCAGCCAGAUGGGCAUAUCCACCCCUACCUGGCUUCUCAGGAACUACUAGCCGAUCCGCUUUGCUGACGAGGAUCUCGUAUCUUGAGCAGUGAUAGAACCUCCAUUUGCCCACACACUGCUGAUGUCCUGGAGUAGCUACUCAGCCUCUGUCCAGUUCUUGGGUAAAGUGAGGCUAUUACUUUGUUGCUUACAAAUAUCCAAUACUUUAUAUGUUAGGAGGCGGGGCUUGAUUUGGGACUGCAAUGUCAUAAGCAAUAGUAACUUGAUCCUUUUUUAAAAUGUUGAGAGCAUCAAACCCCUAGCAAAAGAUGGAAAUAUGGCAGCUAAACAUUCUUGUCUAGUGGUAGCUCAGUGGUUAAGCUGUUUGACUUGUAAUUGGAAGGUUGCUGGUUUGAGUCCUGCUGCUGUCAAGUUGCCACUGUUUGGCCCCUGAGCAAGACCCUGAAGUUGUACUCUUUCAUAAUUGUAUAUCACUUUGGAAAGCGUCAGCUAAAUGCUGUAAAUGUUUUGCUGGGGUAAGACUAUAAAACAUGUCUGCAUCGCUAUGCAGGCUAUAUUUCUCAUGUUAUAAAUUGUUCCGUCAAACCUCUUUGGACCGGAGUUGGAGAAUGAUGCAUCAGUCCUCUUUCAUUUAUGUGGAAAUUAUAUACAAAGCUGUUUAAUUAGAGAACUCAGUCUUUUAUUAACUACAACGUGAUAUUUGUACUGAAAAAAACCUCUGGAGAAAGAACAUGAAAUGCCAUACGUCUGAGCUCUGAGGGUUUGUGCACUUUAAAGCAUUUCUUGAACAAACUGUAUGCCUACUAGCAAGAGAAGAUCUUGCUGGCCUAAGUGUAAAACAUAUAUCCCUUUUAAUGAGUAUAUGCAAACAAAUCACCAAAGUUGUAUAGUUAUUUUGUAUCACGAUGAUUAAAAAUAUUGCAAUAUC